UCCAUCAGCUGACAAAUAUCUGAGUUCAGUUCUGUCACUCACGGGAUAUGUUCAGUCAGAGAGGCUCAGGACGCGGGGUCGGUGUGUAUGCAGUAAUGUUCAAGAGCAGUUUACAAAAGUAAAAUACUUUUCAAAUCUGCAAUGAAUCAUGAAGAGGAGUCGAGGCCGCUGUUGGCAGAGGAGGAUACUGAACAGAGAGCAGAGACAGAUGCCUAUCUGGACAAAGUUAAAAAUGGGAAGUUGUACAUGGCCACAUUUGCAGCUGUUCUUGGCCCUCUCAGCUUUGGCUUCGUGCUUGGCUACAGCUCUCCUGCCAUACCAGAUCUGCGACAAAUCCCUGACCCAAGACUAAGACUCACUGUUGAAGAAGCCUCCUGGUUUGGGUCUGUGGUGACGAUUGGAGCCGGGCUGGGAGGCCUGCUGGGAGGCUGGGUGGUGGAGAAGAUUGGGCGGAAGCUGAGUCUCAUGUUCUGUGCUUUGCCGUUCAUUUUCGGUUUCACCAUCAUCAUUGCUGCUCAGAACCACUGGAUGCUGUAUGUGGGACGGGUGCUUACUGGUAUAGCCAGUGGAGUUACAUCUCUUGUUGUGCCUCUCUAUAUCUCAGAAACAUCUCAUGAGCGUGUAAGAGGAACAAUGGGCUCCUGUGUGCAGCUCAUGGUAGUGAUUGGAAUCAUGGGAGCCUAUGUUACUGGUCUGUUCCUGGACUGGGGAUGGCUGGCCAUCACCUCCUCCAUUCCCCCUACACUGAUGCUGGUGUGUAUGUGCUUCAUGCCAGAGACGCCGCGCUACCUGCUAUCUCAGGGAAAGAGGCGUGAAGCAGAAGAGGCACUGCGCUUCCUUAGAGGACGCGACACACCAGUUGAGUGGGAAUGUGCCAGGAUAGAAGCAGCCACUCGAUAUGAGGAAGGAAGUCUCAGUCGGGCUGAUCUGAAAGACCCUGGUGUGUAUAAACCCUUAGGAGUGGGCAUCAUCAUGAUGCUCUUACAGCAGUUCACUGGCAUCAACGCCAUCAUGUUCUACGCAGAAACUAUAUUUGAACAAGCGCACUUCCAGAAUGGAAGUGUUGCGUCGGUUAUUGUAGGAGCCACUCAGGUAAUCUUCACAGCAGCCGCGGCUCUUGUCAUGGAUCGAGCUGGAAGGAAAAUUCUCCUCAUCCUGUCAGGUGUUGCCAUGUGUGUCAGUGAAGCAGCUUUUGGUGUUUAUUUCAAGUUGUCUGCAACAAAGCAUGGUAACUCUACAUUGUUCAGCACAGUUAUGGAAGCCCAGGAUGCAGUCAGUGAAGCCACACACACUGAUCUCUCCUGGCUCGCGCUUACUAGCAUGGGCAUUUUUAUAGCAGGUUUUGCACUGGGUUGGGGGCCUAUACCAUGGCUCGUGAUGUCUGAGAUUUUUCCCACCAAAGCUCGAGGGCUCGGAAGUGCUGUGUGUGUACUCACUAACUGGAGUUGUGCCUUCAUCGUCACCAAGACCUUCCAGAAUCUCACGGAUGUCAUAACCAGUGCAGGAACGUUCUGGAUGUUCUCGUGUCUCUGUGCCCUCAAUGUCAUCUUCACUGUCUUCUUUGUCCCGGAGACUAAAGGCAAAACACUGGAAGAGAUUCAGGCACAUUUUAAAGGAACUCAUUCUCACUAACCUCAAGUUAAGCCUCUGUUCUCACCGCUAGCACCAAAGUAAAAAAUUUGAACAUCUUCACUGGAUUUCUUGAUAUAAUAGUAGUUACUGAACAACAUGCCUAACAACAGCAACAGGUCACUUGUCUCCAAAGAUUACUAAUGGGAACUAUUUACGAAAUUGUCUUUCAAGGGAAUAUUGAAAAGCCCUUUAGUACAGGUGUACCGGGACUUACAUUUGUAUUUUAUUUGUUUUGAUAAUAAAGGCACUUGCUCUAUCAAAGUGUAAAAUCAGAUUCAUAUCUUCUGAAGUUUACCUUCUUAAGGGAUCUUUAACAAAUGGCACUUGCUUACAAUGUUACGCUACACUGCGAGUAAUUGAAACUUUUUAUAAGAGUUCAGUGUCAUAAAACAUUAGAUGAAGGUACUUGAUUAGAUCACUUUAGUUCAGAUGAAUCUUCACAGUAAAUAACACAGCAAAAUUGCUGGUUUAAUAAGCUAAUAAGCUAAUGUUCUUGAAGACACCUCCAACUACCAAUGAACUAACACCAUACUUUGAUACAUGUGUAAAUAAUAUCUCAUGGUUAUAAUCUUUCUCGGUUUUUGUUGAUUGAUUGUUUUUGAGAAAACCAACCUAAACACUAUGUGUCUGUGUGCUGUUUUAAAUGUAUUUUUGUUAAAGUUUAAAUUAAUAAAUUGUAACUGUAUUGACAAACUGA